CUUUCCAGUUUCAGUUUCUCUUUCCUAAAGCGAAGCGCAGGAAAACAAGGCAAAGGAACCAAGAAAUGCUUCCAUAUAUAGGCCUCCUGAGCAUCUCUUGGAAGCAGAGGAGGAAGACUUCUGAAGAGCACUGUAGCCUGACUUGCAGCCUUUCAGAACAGCCGGGAAGCUCUCCUCAGUCAUGAGUGAGAGCACCAGGACCGCCUUGGAGAGCUGCCUACGGCAACUGAAAUGCCAUUUCACCUGGGACUUGGUGGAGCCGGGAAAGCCCCUGGAUGAUUUCGAAGACGAGGUGUGUGACGCCACAGAGUUUCAGAACGACGAAUUCAGAGCCACGGUGUUCAACCUCCUGGCCUACAUAGAGUCCCGGCGCGGCCGCCGCGAGGCGGCGCUGCAGCACCUGCGCCAGGCGGAGGAGCUGAUCCAGCGGGAGCACGCGGCUCAAGCGGAAAUCCGGAGUCUGGUCACCUGGGGUAACUACGCCUGGGUCUACCAUCACCUGGGCAGCCACGCAGACGCUCAGAUGUACGUCGACAAGGUGAGACAGGUCUGCGAGAAGUCUCGCAGCCCCUACAGAAUGGAGAGUCCUGCGCUGGACUUCGAGGAGGGGUGGGCCCGCUUACAGUGUGCAGGGAGGCACCACCACAAGAGGGCCAAGGUGUGCUUUGAGAAGGCUCUGGAAAAGGAGCCCAGGAACCCGGAGUUCGCCUCCGGACUGGCCAUCGCGAGCUACCGUCUGGAUAUCUGGCCGCAGUCUCAGAAUCCCGUCGACCCUCUGCGGCGGGCCAUUCGGCUGAAUCCCCACAACCAGUAUGCCAAAGUCCUCUUGGCUCUGAAACUUCAGAAGAUGAACGAAGAGGGGGAAGGAGACAGGCUCGUGGAGGAGGCGCUGAAGGGAGCCCCGUGCGCGACAGAUGUGCUCUGCGGAGCAGCAAAACUGUAUCAGAGAAAAGGGGCGGUGGACAAAGCUAUAGAGCUGCUGAGAAAGGCUCUAGAAGGCAUGCCGAACAAUGCCUCCCUGCACUGGCAUAUCGGCUGCCUCUACAGGACAAAAGUCCUCGAGAUCCAGGACACAGGAACCAAUGAGAUGUGCGGGAGAAGGAAGUUACAGGAAGCCAUAGGACAAGCUGUGCAUCAUUUAAAGAGAGUGGAUGAGGCCAAUGCAGACUUCCCCUGUGUCUGCUCCUACCUGGCCUGCCUCUGUGCGCAGGUAGGCCAGUAUGACCACGCGGAGCAUUACUUCCAAAAAGAAUUCAGCAAAGCGCUUUCUCCUGGGGCCAGACAGGUGCUCCAUCUGCGCUAUGGCAACUUCCAGCUGUAUCAAAUGAAGAGUGAGGACAAGGCCAUCCAUCAUUUCAUACAGGGUGUGAAAAUCGACCUGGAAUCAAAGGAGAAAGAAAAGAUGAAAAAUAAGCUCCAAAAAAUUGCCUGUAUCAGGCUUUCUAAAAAUGAAGCUGAUUCUGUAGCUUUGCACCUCUUGGCGUUUCUUCAGGAGCUGAGUAGAGACAUGCGGCCAGCAAAGGAAAAUCCUGAGAGGCAUUUGGACUCUGGAAGCUUCCUCUGUUCAGCAUCUUUUGCUGAGGAAUGAGGAAUCGGGAUUCGGUGCGAGUGGGACGAUGGAGGGAAGGGAGCAGAAACCCCACCACCAAGUGGGUAUUCACGAUAUUGGACAACUGGUACAGUGGCAUAGGCAUGGACUGGGCUGCUGGCCAUGGGUCUGGACCAGGUUUGUGGAGGAACCUGCUGGGCCGAGUGUUAAAACAUGAAUUGCUCAUGGAAUUCUGAGACAGGGACUAGACUGGAGCGGAGAGGGUCCCAGGGCUUGGUUAGGGGGCUACUUCCCAAGUGACCUCUUGGGAGCAGUUUGCAUUGUGACAUUCCCUUAGUCAUCCUCCACGCGGUGAUGCCUUGGGUUUGUGUCUAGGUUUCAUAUAAAGCAGCCAGAUCCCUCACAUCUGUAACAGUGUGGUCCGUUUUUGCAAUGUUUUUCCACCCUUGGAGUCAUUUUAGAUCUUACACAGUUUGGCCCUGCAUAGACGCUAAUGUGCUGUGUCCAUUGAAAGGCCAGGGGACCAAAGCCUCCAUAGGACUGGGUAUCUCCUCCCCCUCACUUCCGCCUCCUCCCCAGACAGUCCUCAAUCUAGACUGUCCUAUACAACCUGAGUUCAGUUGUCCCAUUGACUGAGGUGGGAACAUAGUUUGAAAAAAAGAGAACAGAGCACAGGUUGAAUUUAGAAAGAACACAUCCAAGACAAGCAAUGGGGUCAGGCCAUCAGGGUCCAAGAGUUUCAGAAGGCACAUGGGGAGAUUUCGCCUCCAUUCUGCCCUCCCUGUAUUCCAGCAUGUGAAGAAUUAAAAAGGGGGAUUCUGUAGAAUAUGCUAGAAAGCAAAAUAAUUCAUUUCUUUAAAAUGUCUGGAAAAAUAAAUGUCAUGCCAGUAGGCACAGGGAUUGAGUAGACAAGAGAAAGAGAGAAGAAUGCUGUCAUUGUAGACUGUAAUCACAUGGAGAAAAAUCUCAUUUUCUUGGCCACUGUUAGGAAAAUUUCCUUGUACAACGAAGACUUGCUUUUUUCGGAAAUGCUUGGAUGAGCGCAGGCCCAAGGUAAUAAAAAAACAGCAGAACAGAAGGCUCAUUUGGACACCAAGGACCUAGCGAAAGGUCUUGUGAAAUGACAUCAAUAACAAAGAGUUUUUUUCCCCAAUUAGACAUGUUGUACGUUAGGUGAAAUAAAACUUCUCACCCUGAAAAUCCUCAAGGGAACCAUAAAAUUCAUGGUUUGCGUGGGGUGAUUGGGGUUUUCUAGGUAAAUACUGAAUGGCCCAUGAUAUCAGGAUUAGUGCGAACCAAAACAGACUCAGGUGACCCAGCAUGAAACAGACCCUCAGUCAUCCUCUGGGUUGCAAAAGAUUUGCCUGUUCAGAUUAAUUUAAAUUUAAAUAGUGGUUACCAGGGGCUGGGGGUUGGGGAGGUGGGAGAGAUGUUGUUUGAAGGUACAAACUUACAACUAGUAAAUAAGUCCUGGAGAUCUAAGGUAUAGUAUAGUAUCUUGGAUAUAGACAACAAUAUCGUAUUAUAAUCAUCAAACUUGCUAAGAGGCUAGAUCUUGAUUAUUCACACCACAGAAAAGAAAUGAUAAUUAUAUGAUAAAGGUGAUAACUAUCACUACAGUAACUUUCGCUACAAUCAUAUUAUAAUGUAUACAUGUAUCAAAUCAAUCUUAAAUUUGUACAGUAUUAUAUGUGAAAUGUACUUUAACAACUUUAAGUAUAUAUUAACAUUUUUAUUAAGCAAUGAAAACAUUAUAUAAACUUCAAGAUUUUUUUAAGUUAAAAAUUCCAACUACCAUAAUGGUUUUCACAUUAUUUUCUGUAUUAAAAAUUGUGUUGUGUGCACUUGAGACCAGCAGUAUGCAUAGUAUGGAUUCCUGAAAAAAGCCAUAGAUUUAAUGAAUAAAUAACUUAGAGGUGAUGGAACAUAAAGGA